AUGGCCGAACCACCCAUUGUUCUCGAUGGGGGUACCGGUUUCCUCAAAGUCGGCUAUGCCGCUCAGAACUUCCCCGAACAUCAAUUCCCCUCCAUAGUCGGUCGACCCAUCCUACGUUCGGAAGAGCGGGCUGGAGAUAUUGUGGUCAAGGAUAUCAUGUGUGGUGAUGAAGCUGCUGCCGCGCGUUCCAUGCUUCAGAUCAGUUAUCCUAUGGAGAACGGCAUCGUCAAGAAAUGGGAUGACAUGCUACACCUGUGGGACUUCACAUUCAACGAGAAGCUCAAAAUCGACACCACGGGGCGCAAGAUCCUGCUGACCGAACCCCCCAUGAAUCCCCUCAAGAAUCGCGAGCAGAUGUGUCAGGUCAUGUUCGAGAACUACAACUUUGGCGGCGUCUACGUGGCCAUUCAAGCCGUCUUGGCUCUGUACGCUCAAGGAUUAUCUUCCGGCGUCGUCGUGGACUCCGGCGAUGGUGUCACCCAUAUCGUGCCCGUCUAUGAAUCCACCGUGCUCAACCAUCUCACCCGCCGUCUGGACGUCGCCGGUCGCGAUGUGACGAGAAACCUGAUCGCUCUGCUCCUCCGUCGCGGCUACGCCCUCAACCGAACCGCCGACUUCGAAACCGUCCGCCAGAUCAAAGAGAAACUCUGCUACGUCUCCUACGACCUCGCCCUCGACCAGCGCCUCUCCGAAGACACCACCGUUCUGGUCGAAUCCUACACCCUGCCCGACGGCCGUGUGAUCCGCGUAGGCAGCGAACGCUUCGAAGCCCCUGAAUGUCUAUUCCAACCGCACCUGGUCGACGUCGAGCAACCGGGCAUCGCAGAAUUCCUCUUCAACACGAUCCAGGCCGCCGACGUCGACGUCCGUUCCUCGCUCUACAAGGCCAUCGUCCUCUCGGGCGGAUCGAGCAUGUAUCCCGGACUCCCGUCGCGGCUCGAGAAGGAACUCAAACAACUCUGGCUGCACCGCGUGCUGGGCGGCAAUCCCGAACGGCUGAAUAAGUUCAAGGUCCGGAUAGAGGAUCCCCCGCGACGGAGACACAUGGUCUUCCUCGGCGGUGCUGUGCUCGCCAACAUCAUGGCCGACAAGGAGAAUAUGUGGAUCAGCAAGCAGGAGUGGGAGGAGCAAGGGCCGAGGAUAUUGGAGAAGCUGGGGCCGAGGACGUGA